CUAUUUUCUUUCUCUGCCCCCCUCUAGGGUUCCGCUUGUUCAAAUUUCGUCCAGCGACGAUGAAGACCUAAUCGUCCCUUUGUGCUAUCUCUCCUCCCCUCUUCCCCUCUCUGAGUCAAAGACAAGGAGUAGAAAAGAAGAGAAACGAGGAAAUGGAGCAGAGAUUAGCAAAUACCUGGCAGAUGACCGUCAACGAGAGGAAGUUCAUUGAAAUGGCUCUUGCUGCUGACCUCCGAGUUGAUGAUCGCGGUCCUUUCGAUUAUCGUCCUUGCACCAUAACUUUUGGGAGGCAUGUGUUCCUUUCGCCUCCAUUCCAUUCGUCACUCAUUUACCUUUGCGCUGGUGGUUCAUCAGAAGUGCAACUAGGUGAAACUCGUGUAAUGAGCUAUGUUACUUCUCAGCUGGUCCAACCUUAUCGAGAUAGACCUAAUGAAGGGACUCUAUCCAUAUUUACUGAGUUUUCACCAAUGGCUGAUCCAGCUUUUGAGGCAGGACGCCCUGGAGAAUUUGCUAUUGAACUUGGUCGCAUUGUAGACCGUGGUCUUCGGGAAAGUGGGGCUGUGGAUAUGGAAUCAUUAUGUGUUGUUGUAGGCAAAUUAGUAUGGUCCAUACGUGUAGACCUCCACAUUCUUGAUAAUGGAGGAAACCUUAUCGAUGCUGCUAAUAUUGCUGCUUUGGCUUCCCUCUUGACAUUUCGAAGGCCUGAAUGCACAUUAGGUGGUGAUGACAAUCAUGAGCUUAUAAUCCAUGAUAUUGAGGAUAGGGAACCAUUGCCUCUCAUAAUUCACCAUCUUCCUGUUGCAGUAACCUUUGCAGUUUUUGGUGAGGGCAAUAUAAUGGUGAUUGACCCAUCAUAUAAGGAAGAGUCUGUGAUGGGUGGAAGAAUGACUAUCACAAUGAACUCAAAUGGUGAUAUUUGUGCUGUUCAGAAGGCUGGAAUAGGCAUCUCCUCAAGUGUAAUAAUUCGGUGUUUGGAAAUUUGCGCGGUGAAAGCUGCUGAGAUCACAAGCAAAAUAAAUCAUGCAAUGGAGAGCUUCAAUGAUGGGAGAUCGAUCCAGUAUCCAAAUUUCCAUCCAGUAGAUGUGGCAAUCCAAGAUAAUCUUCCUGAUGUUAUCAUGGACAAAAAACAAAUUGAGAACUUAAUUGGGCAUCUGGCAGCUCUGCCGUUAGAUGCCCUAGAUAGAAACUCUAAUAAAUCUGGUGCAGUGGUAGUUGGUACAAACACUCGUGCAAAGUUUGAGAAUAACCAGGCUAGAGAUGGUGUGCCUUUUUACAGCCCUUCAAAUUGGGAUCCAUACCCAAGGAAGCUUUGUUCACGUUUGGCAAGAAGCUCUUUGAAAUUAUCUGGUUUGCCAGAAGAUGUCGAGGAAGACAAAGUCAAUACUACCCAGUCAGUCACAGUUGAGUGCGGUCUUGAGCAUACAAAGGGUGCUUCCAGUUCGAGAGCACUCGAGACUCCAUCUGAGUACACAACAGUUGAGGCUACAUCUCAGUACAUUAAAGCCCCAAAGACUUUGAAAGAUGCAGUGAAAAUACAAAAUAGAAAAAUGAGGAAGUAAUUGAACUCUAUUUGUGAAAAAGUAAAUCAACUCCAAAUAUACACAUUCAUAGUCCAUAUUAAUACCCUGUAAGCUUCUGGUAAAAUAGUAGUUAUUUCAUGGUAUGUUUUUCCUGCUGAUUCUAGAUGCUUUCACUCUAGUAUAUUUUCUACAUCUCUGCUUGGAUUAAGUUAGAUACGGUUUAAUCAUGUAACUGUUCUACUGAUCAAAGAGAAUUAUUGAUUUGAACA